AUGAAUUCUUUCAAUCAUCCACCAGAUCUAAAUGUGGAGCCAUCCCAAGGACCAUCAGAAUCGCAGAAAUUGUUUCGUAGACAUCCUGGCGAUAACAUUGAGCUACAUUUACUACAAGAUGUGAAGACAUUUGGAUUAGCUGGGAAGGUCUGGGACAGCACAUAUGCACUAGACCUCUAUCUCUGCCUACCACCCAAUCAUCUUGCCUUUGAUCCACCAUGUCCUAUACCUUCCUAUCUCUUUCAUCAUGAUGCGAGACCCCAAAAUCAUUCACCCCAUUACACAAUUUUGGAACUAGGAUCGGGAACAGGCUAUCUUGGUAUUACUCUUGCCUCAAGAUUAGUUCCUCCCUUUACGCUAAUCCUUACAGAUCUACCGGACGUCCUUCCUCUUCUCAAUCGCAAUGUAUCAAACAAUACUCAUGCAAAUACAGACCAUAUUGUGGUCGAACCUCUUGGAUGGGGCAAUUCGGUACAUUCUGAGUGCAUAAAUUCAAAGUAUAAAAUAGAUCUUGUAAUAGCUUCCGAUCUUGUAUAUUUCCCAGAAUUAUUUGAUCCGCUUAUAAAAACUUUAUUAGAGAUAUGCAGUGAAGAAACAGUCGUUGUUUUCGGAUACAAAGUUCGGGCUCAAUGGAAGGAGGAGACUUUUUGGGAACAAGUGGGAAGAUUUUUUGAUUUGAAGGCUGUUAGAGUUGAUACAAAGGCACAGAUGGAUUUAGAUAAUACCAUACGGGAAGAAAUUACAAGAGUUGAGGAGAGGGCUAGGGAGAAUGUCGUGGAAGAAAGUGAGGCGGGCUUUAGGAUAUUUGGCGAAGAAGAUGGGAUAUUUAUAUUUAUUGGAAGAAAAAGGGCAAAGGAGAAAUAUAAAAAAGGUGUUGAUGAUACAUUUGCUACAAUACUAUUAUUGCAGAUAGAUUUAUUAUAG